GAACCCAAAUCCACGCCCUGGCUAGCAGUAAUUUCUAAAGCGCAGGAACCCAUUUGGUAGUGUGGUUUUUGGCUGAAGGCACAACAUGCAAAGAAGUUUUAAAAGCUCCAAAUUACAGAGGGUAAAACACUGCUGCAAACAAAGCUCUUCCCAUGUUUCUCCUGCUAGUGAUGCAAAGACCUGGAGCUUUGUGUCUCACUUCAUGGAUCACAGGAACUGGAGUUCUGUGUUUAAGCUUCUUGCAGUUAGCAGACUCUGCGUCGGACUGUGAGCUUGGUGAGAGGUGCAUCAGGCAAAGUGAUGAAAACUUUAGCAGCUGGUAUGUGUGGUUCCUGAUGUUGUUUUUCCUGGCCUUGCUUCUGUCUUGCGGGAUCUGCUGCUGCCUGCAGUGCUGGCUGAAACGGCGGAGCUGCCUUCCCCACCGGCGCACCCAGACUGUCUUCGCACUCAGCAGUUCAGACGCCUUUUGUGCGAGUGAAGCACCUCAGUGUCUGUUCUCUGGAUCUCUGAGCCCCUGCAUGACCACAGAGAUGUCCUCUUCUCCUGCCCCACGGUUCAGCCUUGGGGAAACUGAGUUGCCUCCAUCCUAUGAGGAUAUUAUGAAGGAAAACAAGCUCUAGACACCACAUGUUUGCUUUCUGUGAUUCCACUUUUUCCAUCAGAGAUCUUCCAUUAUGCUAUAGUAGCGUGAGAUCAAAUCAGCCCUUUCUGCAGGCUGGCCAAGAGACUGAAAGGCAGCACAUACUUCUUCUAAACCUAAAACGUAAGACUAAAUGUAACAGAAUAAAUGCCAAAAGCAUGUGUUGAAUUUGUCACAGGAACUCAACCUGACAUUUUGAUGGGGCUCUGGGUUUCAAGAAGCUCCCUCAAAGGCUUGUCUGCACUCAGGGUUUCUGUCUCAGCCUCCAGAUUUAUCUCUGUAAGGUUGCUUGAGCUGGUGCAAACCUGUGCAGUUUAGGACCGAAUGUUGAUAAAUGACUUGAUAGUUCCUUCUCAGACUUGGGCUGCCUCUUUCAUUCGGCAGGGUGCCAACAAACACCCUCUGGCAAAGUCAUGUUGUUCUAAUACAUUGUAAUGCAAUCAUGCCACUCUGUGAUGAAGGAUCCUUUGCCACAUUUAAAAGAUUUAGCACAACAUAUCAGAUUUGCCUAGUGUGAAAAGCAGCAAAUUUAUAGCCAGGGAAGGGAAAACAAGAGAUGGGGAUUAUGGAGAGAGCAUCAGAAGCAAGAGGUGGUUAGAGAGCACAGAAAAAAAAGUGAGUUUGCUCAUUUGAACUGUUCUUAAUUUCAUAGUGACUGUCUUCAGCUACUCUUGCCCUAGAACUGCAGACCUGCAGGGUUUAAAUUGCCCAGGACCCAUAUGGCAGUUCCCCACAGACAUGAAUUAUGGAGUUAUGUAUUUGGUGCUUAGCUACAGAAAUUUAUUGGGAUAAAGAAUGUAAUUUUCUUUGAGAUGACCACUGCAGGCUGGAUGGAAAGAGAUUUUAAGAAGCCAUCCAGACUGCCUUAUACUCAAGAAGGAUCAGCACUGCAUUCUUAGGAGGUAUUAGCCUGCACAGUUCUCAAAUUGCUGGGGAAAGAUGCUGAAUUUCCCCCUGAACUGGAUUCCAAAUGAAAGUAAAGAUGUCCUUUGUCAUGGACAGGUCACUGAAGGCUGGAUUCAGCCUGUCUGACCUCUCCACCUUUGAUCUGAUCUCUCAAUGGCAAGGGCUGGAGGCUGCACUCAGAUCUCUCUUGGUAUAGAAGGUAAAUAUCACACCCAGUACCGUGCACCGCAUGCCUGUAGAGCAUGGGCUCACACUAAAAGUGGGCAGCUGGGCUCAUGUUAGGUACCACAGAAGACUAACGGAAGCCCACAGCCUGCCUUGUGGAGCAGCUCCCCACCUGUAGAGUGUGGUUAGUACCAGUUCCCCUGCUCAGGAAGGAAACUGGGAAGAUAAAUCCACUAAAGGUUAUGAAGUGCUCACAUAUUUUCUUAAUGAGGCUAUAUAAGUAUCUUCACUAGAUAAGGAAUUACAGCUUAUUUUGAGAGAGAAAUUCUCUGCCAGCACCACCGCAAAUUAUGUCCAUAAAAUCUUAUUUUAGAGGCAGCUUUACUGUUUGACUGUUGUGUGAAAGGAAAUAAAUGUUACCGUAGCAAACUGAAUGUUUGUGCCAGCAGGCUAAAAUAUUACAGGAUAUAUUAAUAAGAAAAAUUAGCAAGUACAGACUCAGCCAGCAGAGAAGCUGAACAAUUCUUGAGUGUCCUUUCGCUGGCUGAGCUUACUAGGAAUUGCAGCUAAUCAGCACCUCCCAGGAUCAGACCUUUUCUAUACAUAAGUGCUUCCAAUACUCACCCCCUUCAAUUUAUGCCCUGAAGCAUGAGAUUUGAUUAUGUUUGUCACUUCAGCUUGCAUAGCCUUUCUACUGGGCAUUAAAUCAGCCAUUGCUUCCUUCUGUCCUAUACACUGCAUUUGCCUCAGUGACCCCCUCGGUGGAAGUUAACUCCACAGGUUGUCUGCAUUAUAUGCUGCAUAAAACAUUACCGUCUCCCGCUUAUUAAUUGCUUGCUUCUAAAUAAAUUGCUGCCUGUAAUUUCAUUGAAUGUCACCUUCUAAUCAAACGGCUGGAGAGGCUAACAAGCAACGACUGCUCUAAUUUCAGUGCCUCCAUCGCUCUUCAUCCCUCUUUUACAAGCUCCAGGAAGUGGCACUCAUUACAGAGGCAAUAAAUCCUUGCCCAGCAGAGGGCAAGCGAGGCUUUCAGCAACGCACCGAGGAGGCUUCUGCUCUCGGACAAACGUUCGUGGGAACAGGUUCUUGUUUCCCUGAUACAAGUGUUCAUUCAAGCGCACUCAGCUUCAUGUUUUGGGUGUUUUAAUUAUUCACAAAAGGAAUAAAAUUAUUCCGUCAAAACUGUAUCAAGUGGCUUAUAGUAAAGCAGGCUGAUGGGUGUCACAAAAUUAGGCUCCAGACAGAAUCACCAGCAUGGGGGAAGCUGUAUACUGUGGUAUUUGUGCAACAUGAUGGGAGGCAUGGGUGCUUCCAAACCCUGCUGAAGACCUGAAGUCAUCUAAAAAAAAAACCCCAAAGUUUGUGUAGGGUUGCUUAGAGGCAAUAACCUGACCUUGCUGCUGCCUUGGGGUAGGGAAGGAGAGUACCCUGAGAGGGAGCUCAGUGAGCACUGCCCUGGACCUUAGCUUCUUCAUCACUGAAAUGGACAAAAGCAUGGAUUUCUUCCUUCAUUCUACAAAUGUGUUUGGGAUAGUCUUGCCAAUCUACUGUUGCCCACAAAAGCUUGCCACCUGCUCCCAGGUGCUCCAGCAGAAUGGACCAGGAUACCCAAACCUCAGUUCCCAUUCUUACAAAAGCAGAGAUUUUGGCUGGUAUGUUUUUCUAAGCACUCAGCCCUUAAUGAAGGCAGUUAAUGCAGUAUGGAUGAUGUUUUCUGAGUUAUAAGUAAAGAUGAACCAUUUCUUUAUAAUUCAUUUUAAGAAUAGGGUGCACUUUGGAAAAACACUUGUUCUGCUGUGGCCUUCUGGCUGCCACUCAGCCUCUGACUUACACUUCCUUCUGACUUUGAGAAGAAGUGGCAAACUGCUUUAGGAGACCCCAGAAAACACUAGAAGGCUGAUGUAUUUGGGGAUGGGAACUUGCCAGUAAGCCUUGAGAGGGGGAAACAGGAGGAGUGCAGAGGAGCUAAUUGCUCAGUAACCAUCUGAAAGCAAAAGACAAAGGGAAUGUGGUGAGGUGCACAGUUGGACUUUCACCUCUGCACAUCAAGAACAGAACAAUAAAGUCAUAAACUGGCUCCCAGGCAAAACAGAGCAAAACCAUAGGCAGCUGAAUCAUAAAAGGGGAUCAGUCAGAGCUGCCAGGAGGGUUGCACAUGAAAGGUGGGAAAAUACUAGAAAUGCUCAUUAAUCUGUUUUUUAUUGCCAUCUGAAGACUCUGGAUUAUGGCCUAAACCCUUUUGUGCUGGGAAGGGCUAAUGACAGAUACUCCCCUUCUUUGGGUCAUAGGAUGGCACAAUUCUGGCUCUUGCUUUUCUCACUUAAAGGCAUCUUACAGCAAGGACCCAAAAGCUACUGGGAGAAAAUUGUUCUCUACUCCCAGUAGCAGUGCUCGGACAGAGUAAUUUAGUCAUUAUUUGCUUGUCCAGAAUAUUUAACAGAUGCAGAAGAGCAAACUGGGGAUGGGGCAGGGGAGGGGGAGGUCCAGCCCCAGCUGAGAGAGAAAAACUCACUUUAUUGCUGGAAUUUUACUUUUCUCACUUGGAAAGGUGAUAAAAUGACUAUAAGUAGAUGUGUUUAAACUGGGCAUAAAGUCUACAGCUGUCAAAGGGCCAUUGCUGCAGGUAGGCAGUGGGGCUUGAGGUCUGUAGCUACCAGCAAAGGUCUGGGUAGCCUCCAAAAUCCCACCCCCCUGUCCCAAUGGCUGGUCCUGUUUGUGCUACUGCCUCUUUUGUGUCCUUGCAGGAGAGCAGUGAUUUCCCCCACAGGAGUCAGAGCAGGUCACCUGGCAAAGCACCUUUCUGGAGGAAACCUGGAUAUGGGUGAGAGAAACAUGACAUUCAAAGGCAGCUGCAUUUAUUAGAUCUCACUAAUGCUACAAUAUGUAAGGAAAACAGAAUUCUUGAGUAGCAUUCUUAUCUACUGAGAAUAAUUGUUCAGAUCUACUGAAUUCAGAACUAAAUCAUAUUUCAAUGUGUGUGAAAAGGUGAGAAAUCUGUAUUUUGGGAAAUAUUCAUGCAGCUGCACUAGGAGAUAGCCUAGUUCACAAGGUCAGAGUAAGAGUGAGUUCUAAUUACAGGCAGAGUUAUUAAGAGCCCCUGUGAGCAAGGCUGAUUAAGGUAGUGAGAGGACAAAAUACUGCAUGCAGAAAAGGACAGCUAUUUCAGAUAUUGUUUUAUUAUUUCUCUCACUUGCAUGUAUCAAAAUGGGAAACCAAUACCUAUUCGUACAAAAUGAAAUCAACUUAACAAAGAGCUUACCUACAA